AUGAACGCCGCCCAAAUGUAUGAAUCGAUGGGUCUGAAGGUCCCAAACAAGCCUCUUCCAUACGGUGGUCGACCGAAAUACGUGAAGUUUGCACCAGGAGACAAAGGAGAACAUCUCCCGGCCGUUUUCUUCGAAGACCCUCGAAAUUUCAGGCCUGAGCCAGGUCCUCUGGGCGAAAUCCAUGCUUGGGGGCUCUAUCCAUAUGUAUACGACGAACCAGAAUGCGAUAAUGAAGGGCGAAGUGAUGACUUGAACUGGCCUGCUUUUGACGGCGUCCAGGCCAUGAUGCGACAGAUGAAUUCACAGAUGUUGUACUUCGGAGGCUCGGAAGAUAGAAGUCCGGAGGGGCAAUUUAUGAAAGUGCUUUUGGACCGACGGUCAUCCACCGGCCAAUGA